AUGUCAGUCCGGACGUAUAGCCUCAUACAUCAUCAUUGUCCUUCUUCGGAACAACAACAUCCCAUUACCAAAAUUUCAGAGAAAUCCAAUCAUCCUCAUUCAGAAGAGGAAGAAGAGGAAGAUGGAUACAAAGAUCUCUCAUCGGGAGAGGAAGGAGAAUACGAAGAAUCACCGGAGGAUUUGCUAGCAUCGGUCACAACAGUGAUUAAGAUUCCUGAAAGUCGACCAAAUGAAAUACCUCCAAAAGGAGGAUAUGCAGCAUUAUACCAGCAGCAGAAACGCGCCUCCAGAUCCUCCUCAUCGACGAGUUCAACAUCAACAAAAAAUGAUCUCCAACCCUUGAAGGACUCUCUUAUUUCAUUAGCAGCGAUCAUCAAGACAAAUUUACCAUCAUAUCCACAAAGGUAUGAGCUUCAAGAUGAUUCCGAAGAAGAAUGUGACGAAAAUGAACAACUUCAAGAAGAUGAAUUACCAGAAGAGGAAGAACAAGUGGAAGAAGAGGAUGAUGAAUAUAACGACGAUGAAGAGCACCAUGAUGACGACGAUGAAGAAACGGAGAGCACCAUGGACGAAUUAGAGAAUACAAUUUCAACAGUCAUUACGAACAAUGUAAUGAACGAAGAGCAGACUUAUGAAGAACACCCAAUACCUCCCGACGAAUUGGAAGAGAUUGAAGACAAAGUGAUGGAUUUUGCCAAAGAGCAUGUUGAUUCCGAGACUGAUGAAGCAGCUCUUCCUCUUCCAACAAUUCUUUCCAAAAGUUUUGUCAAGAACCAGUCUCCCGGUGCAAGUUUUGUGAAGCCAACUUCAACUAAUUCUGUGAACUUUCAUGAAGUGAAUGUUGCGAGCUCCAUACCCGAAAAUCCCUUGAAAGACUCUAUCAGAAUCGAAAAAUCAGAGGCCAAUGUCGACGAUGGAUACACAGAUCUAGAGGCUGACGACAACCAGGAACAAAAUGAUCAACCAGUUAUCACAUCGACCAUUCAACCAGUUUCAGUAUUAUCAGAACCAACACGAAAAUCUAUUUCCGAAUCUUCCCACACCCCAAUCGUAGAUGAGAAGCUUUUGAUGAAAAGUAUAUCAUUAUUUAAACAGUAUAACGCAGAAAAAGUGUCACAAAGUACAAACGGACACCCUCUCAAGACAAAGAUUGCGUUAUCAAACACGAAAUUAGAUGAACCUUUACGAGUAUCCAAAAUUUUAGAAAUUCCAAAACCUUUAAUCAAUCUCGAAGAGUCAAUUUCUGAAAAUGAUGUGGAAAAAAUUAAGAAGCAAAAUCAUCUUUUAAGAAUGCAGUUAUUGCAACAAGAACGGAUCAUUGAAGAAAGUAAGAAAGUUUUGCAAAGCAGAAUUGAUCAAGAAAUUGAAAAGGCAAAAUCGCAAGCGCUUAAAGAUUUCAUAACCACUACAACCAAGAAAAAAGAGCCGAGUGUAGAAAUACCAAAAAAACAAGAUGUCUUACCAGAAGAACCAAAUAUAGAUGAGAGUACAAGUGUCAAGAAUGUAGAACGAGUGACAAUUAAAGUGAAGGAAAUCUCUCUCCAAGAACAACCACCAAUAGUGAAAAAGGAAAUUAUUGAAAUUCCAAUUGAUGAAUUCGAAAACAGUCAAGAUUUUAGGAAAAAGAAUGAAAUUCGAAACAAAAAGUUCCAAGAAAUGCGUAAACAAAAGAUGGAACGCAUGGAAGAGAGCAAACAAAAAAGAGAAAAAACUCAAAUGGUUGAACCCAAACUUCAAGAAAAUGCUCUCCUUAAAAAUAUGAAACAGCAAAACAAGACAAACAAAUUACUGAUCAAGAAUGCUCUCUUACAUUUGUGUUUAGCUGGAGAAGUGAACAAAAAAGAACGGGAAGAAGUUUUCGAAGCUAUGAAAGAAUAUGAAGACAAUCAUCAACUGUUGCUGUUAGUACGGGAAGUGAAUGUUCCUGCAUUUAGAGCUCUUUACGCCAUCAUUACGAACGAUCAUUCAAAUGUUGGAAGUAGUACGUGCACCACAGAUAGCCAUCGAACGGAGAAUUCCACUCGAUCAGAUUCCUCGAAUGUUGGGUCUGAUAACAAGGGCACAGUGCUUGUAAAGAAAGUCAUUGGAAAGGGACCAAAAUUUCUAACAGAAGACCAAGUGGAGGUCCUGUGCAGAUAUGAUUCGGGAGGGAAGAAGUUGUCAAAGUUAGCAAGCAAGAGUUUUAGUGUCACAACAGAUAUUGUUGUGUUGAAAGCGUCAGCCAACAAAAAAACGAAAAAGUAA